AUGGGGAGCUGUCUGUUAUGGGGGGAUAGAGUGGUUAUUCCAGAAAAAUUACGAGGGCAUGUGUUGGAGCUAUUGCAUGUGGGCCACCCAGGGAUUGUGAGGAUGAAAAGCCUAGCAAGAAGUUAUGUGUGGUGGCCACAAAUGGAUAAAGACAUUAGCGAUCGGGUGGGGAAAUGCCAGGCAUGUCAAGAAUCAAGGCCACUACCCCCAACAGCUCCCAUCAGGGAAUGGGAGAAACCCCAGGGUCCUUGGUCCAGGAUCCACAUAGAUUUUGCCGGGCCGUUCCAUGGGCAGACCUUCUUAAUUGUGGUAGAUGCCUACUCGAAGUGGUUAGAAAUUUUACUCAUGAAAACCACAACAGCGGAAGCGGUAAUCACAGUCUUGAGGCAUCUAUUUGUGACACACGGGUUGCCCGACACUCUAGUGUCUGAUAACGGCCCACAAUUCACGGCCACCCAGUUUGAGGGGUACUUGAAAACUGAUACCUUCCUGGCAGUCCAACAUAGAACUCCCUGUGUGACCACCGGCCGCAGCCCAUCGGAGUUAUUAAUGGGUAGAAGACUCCGGUGCCCCCUAGAUCAGUUAAAUCUGACAUACUCCCCUGAUGGGUACCAAAGCACGAAGGAAAAAACCAGAACAAUGACAACAGGUGACCUGGUAUGGGCACAUAACUAUAGUGAGGGCCCAGCGUGGCUAAGGGGAACGAUUGUAGGAGUGACGGGCCCAAAGUCAUACUUAGUGGACAUGGGGGAUGGCCGAGUGUGGAGACGCCACAUAGAUCAAUUACGAAAAAGAAUACAAAACGAUCCAGAAACCAAACAGCCAGACCCUGACUACCAAACAUUUGAACCAACAGCUAACUCAACCCCGAGGCGAUCGGAGGACUUAGCUGUGUCUGAAGAAGUCCAGCGACGCCAACCGGCUCCUCCAGUGGACAGCAGG